GCGUCAUACGAAAAAGAUGGGCAAAGAAGAAGGGAGAGACGUAAGGCAGCGCAAUUUGGGGGGUGAAAACCUCCUAAAUGCAACCCAAAAAGGCUUCCAAAAUGGCUCAAAGGAUAGAAAGAUCCCCUCUCGUUACAUUUCGGAGAGGAUUUUUGUGUACAUUUUGCUGUACAUGGGAGUACUUCUGCUCAUUGCCAUGUGGAGUUACCACCGGCUUCCGCUACCGAAGACCGUGGCUGAGCACGGAGGCUCGGGGGAGUUUUUGGAGGAGCGGGCCCGGGCUCACGUCGCUGCCAUCACCAGCCUCGGACCCCGGCCUUCGGGGUCGCGAGCUAACGAAGUUCACUGCGUGGAAUACCUCCUGAAAUCACUGGAAAAGAUCAAGAAAAUGGCCGUGCCUGGUGUCCAUGAAAUUGAAGUUGAUAUAUCCUACCCGGAAGGCUCAUUUACGAUGGAUAUUUGGGGAGGUUUCACGCCAUAUUACAAGAAAAUCACAAAUAUUGUGGCUCGAUUGAGUCCGGGGAAAGAUGUGGUAAGACAAGGCGAGAAUGCCCACGAGCACAGCCUGCUGGUCAACGGACAUUUUGACACCGUGGAAGGAAGCCCUGGUGCAAGUGAUGACGCAACGAGCUGCGGCAUUAUGCUGGAGAUCCUGCAGAAUCUGGCCACAUCAUCUGACCCCGUAAGACACGACAUCAUCUUCCUCUUCAACGGAGCAGAGGAAAACGUCCUUCCAGCGAGCCACGCUUUCAUAACCCAGCAUCCCUGGAGGAAGAACAUUAAAGUCUUUAUUAAUUUGGAGGCGGCGGGCGCUGGCGGGCGGGAGCUUGUCUUCCAGACAGGCCCAGACCAUCCGUGGCUGCUUAGAGCCUACGCUCAGCAUGCUAAGCAUCCCUUCGCUACCGUCAUCGGCCAGGAUGUCUUUCAAGCAGAGUUGAUUCCCUCUGACACAGACUUCAGGAUCUUCAGAGACUUUGGAAAUAUCCCAGGUGUUGACAUUGCCUAUGUGAGCAACGGUUAUGUCUACCACACUAAAUAUGAUAGUCUGGACUCCAUACCGCCAGGAUGCAUACAAAGAGCUGGUGACAACAUCCAAGCCCUCGUUCUCCACCUUGCCAACUCCUCCACACUGCAUCAUGGCAUUGAAGAGGAUCGUCACGGUAGCAUGGUAUUCUUUGAUAUCCAUGGCUUCUACCUGGUGACGUACCCAGCCAGGAUGGGCAUGAUAAUCAACAUGUGUGUGGUCGGAGCCGUCUUUCUCUUCAUCAUCUUUCGACGCAAGCCAGAAUACUCGAGCCGGCUAAUGUAUCUCUCUAAGCUGCUCCGUGCCGUUGGCGUCAUUCUCGCCUCUUACCUCGCCGUCUUAGCGACCUCUGCUUUCAUCAUUCUUCUCCUUACCCUGACCAAUCGUGAGAUGUCCUGGUACGCCCAUCCACCCAUUAUCUUUGGGCUGUAUUGGGCGCCCAGUGUCUACAUGAUGAUCAGAGUGCACCGUUCUCUAGGUGGCAAGCUUCACACGGUGGACACCAAAGCCAACCCGUGGAUCUUGGAGAGCUUAUUCUUUGAUGCUAGCAUGUUGAUCUGGUCCAUGAUGAUUGCUCUCAUGACACUCAAGGGGAUUGGCUCUGCCUACAUGCUCAUGAUCAGCGUUCUCUUUGCUGUACUCGGACGUAGUGUGCUGUGGAAACGGAUGACUUCGUUUCAAGAAGGUACACGGAUGUUGCCAGUGUUCUUGGCGUACGUCUGCUUCACCAUCGUUCCAAUGGGUCUGUGGUUGUACCUCAUGUUAUUAGGGUAUGAGAUCUUCUUACCCAUCAUGGGACGUUCGGGAUCUCUCAUCACUCCAGAGCUCUUCAUUGGACUGCUCACUUUUGUCGUCACCAUCCUCUCAACCAACUUUUUUAUUUGUCUGGUAUAUGCCUGCAAGACGUUGAAGUACACCAGGGCAUUCUUACUCAUGUUGUUCCUGGUCAGUCUUGCCGCUGUCCUGGGGUUGGUUGUCUUUCCUUACUCCGGUGAUCCGCUAAAGCCAGCUCCGAAGAGAAUCCUGCUUGAGCAUAUUUCCCGUACAAAGCACGACCAAUCUGGCGCCGCAGUCCGCCAUGAAUCGUACGUGUCCGUUUUGCCGUUAGACUACUUGGGCAUUUCGCACAUGGAGUCUUACAUUCCAGCGUUGAAGGACGCCCCCAAGGCUGUAUGCGAGAAAGACAUGCCGUACUGUGGCCAUCCUUAUUAUCUACCGCUGUUGCAUGUGUUCAGAGAUCAAUGGAUUCUCCCAGGAGGUGAGCCUCAGAUUGAUGUUGAGACGACGUUUAAGCUCGAUACAAGAAUUAAGAAAGAUGACAGACAGAAUUUGACGUUCACUGUCUCCGGUCCGAGCCACAUCAACCUGUUUGUAUCCUUCAGGGAAGGGGUAGACAUGAUCUCCUGGUCCCUGAGUCCGGAGAAGCCUCUUAAGACUCUGGAUGGGACCGGCAACUGGGUCUACUACAUCUGCUACGGGGGAGGACAGCCAGAGGACAGCUGGAAGUUCUGGAUGGAUAUGAAGGUUCCUACCCAUUUCGAUGAAGCCGAUCCAAUUGUGGAUGUUGGCGUCGCAGGACUCCACUUCACUGAUUUUAAAACGUCCAGGGAGCUGGAAGACUUUAUCCAGCAGCAACCAGACUGGGUCUUCACCAUCCCGUUCCUUGGAGUGUACGACUCGUGGAUCUUCUGAGAAACAAGCGAUGGCGCUGUUUCAUUCUGUCCAUCUGUAACGGAAGAUUUUACCCGCAGAAUGAUUAACUGGGUUGGUCAGGACGGAGAGACAUCAAAAUAAUUAGAUGACCUGUUAACCAGCUAGAGAAAUUAAGCAUUCAAAACAAAAAUCAAUUUAUUUACUAUAAUCUUUGGCAUACAUGUAUAAGCCACCUGGUUGUAUAAGUCGCAAAAGUUUGUGUCAAAGGGAACUUAUACCAGUGUUCCACGCUGCGAUUGAAGUUGUGUAACUUUUGGCAGGGCAUCAAUUUGGUUCUGCAUUGCGGCCCAUACUUUGGUAGGGCAGUCUUAAACUUUCGGAGGGCAAAAACCCAUGUUUGGAGAACACUGGCUUCGUGUGUGAUUUUUCAGUUUUUGGCAGGGAGGUCGAUUACAAAACUGCUUGUUCAUGACAUAAAAAUGGUUCGAGUGGUCAACAGAGAAAUUCAUACUCGAAACGAACAUGGUUUGGGGCGCAACAUUUCGUCAAAACCAUCACAUCACACAGGCCAUGUUUUGCAGGUAUUUGUGUUUUAUUUGAGAGCAAGAGUGUUUUUUUCAUCUAUAAAUAUUUUACAAACAAUCUUUCUUUUAAAAGUCUAUGCUGGUUUUUGUUCUUCAAUAAUAACACGUUGAUGUAUCAGCCACAGUAGUUUUUUAAGGGGCAAAAAUCAAUGUAUAAGCCGCGACUUAUAUGCCAAAGAUUACGGUACUCACAUAGGAGCUGCAGACGAUUUCACGAAACGCAAGGAUUAAUUCUAUCUCGAGUUAGGACGAGUAACUUGUCCUAACGUAGGAUGGGUUCAAUCCGUCCUAAAGUCUAUGAAUACGGAACUUAACACGUCCUAGAUAAGUCCUAAGAUUAAUAAUCCCAAGUUGGGACAAGUUUGGUGAAAUCCACGUCAGGUGACACAUGUUUAUUUUGUAGAUCUCAUUCACUAAGUAGAUGUCUUGUAUAUAGAUGUCCUAUUAACAAUGUGAAUGCAAGGUCUUCUUUGGAAUGCACAAUUACAUUUUGAUGAGCCCUUUAGGCCCAUUAUACACCUGUCAACUGUUGACCCAAUCCCCACCCUUCUACCCUGCAUCCCACACCCUCCCUGUAGUCUGGAUUGUAGAUCAGCACAAUGAUGAGAUUUCCGGACACCAAUGCCGAUGGGUUCAAUGCGCCCUAACGUCUAUGGUUACGGAACUUGACUCGUUCUAAGUCCUAGGAUUAAUCCUAAGUUAGGAAGAGUUUGGUGAAAUCGACGGCUGGCUUCACCAAGAUUCAGCAACUCCUUAGAGCAGCCAUUGGGUACCCUGGAGGGCUUUAGAGAAAGUGGGAAAAGUGAGUAGGGGUCAACAAUUGAUGGCUUAAAGUAGAUUUUGUAUCGGUAUACAUCUCUGAGGUACAAUAAACCAAAGUUUGCACAUGAUUUAUUGCCCAAAAAAGUCAAACAAUUCUGCAUUCAUGCAGGAUUUUUUUAGCUAAAACAAAAUUCUCACAAUACAUUUUUAUUUGGAGUCUGUUUGGGAUAAAUGAUUUAAUAGGGGUGUGUAUUGUCUUUCAGAUAUUUUAAAAGGUUGGUACAAAUAUAUAUUUUGUUUAGAGGGAUGGUACACAAUUGUUCUUUGCGACCAAACAGAGGCUGGAAGAGUAAAAAUAGUCGGGUUACCUUGUUGGUGUAAAAAAAUGGGUUUUGUUAUUUGUAAUUCAGUUAGGGUUAUAGACGGUUUUUUUAAGAUAAUGUACCUACCCUGUAAAAAGAGUAUGUAUUUUGCUCACUUGAGUUUUUAUUGAAUUGUUUUUCCUGGCACUUGGCUCCUACUUUGUUGCCAUGAAUUUAUACAUCUUAAACGUUUAAAAUGUUUUAACAGAUUAAAUGCAAAAGGCUUUAACACUCUGAAAUACUUUAUGCAAAUUGAAUAAUAAAAGAAAUUCUAUGUCAGUUGUUAGCUGAAAGCAGAGAAGUUCUCAAGUAGUAGCUAGAGCUUUGGACGUGGCCUUAAGGCCCGGCUAAAGUCAGUCGCGUGAUGGAAAUCUUGACAUGAUGAUCAUAAAAAACAUUGGGUGCGUUCGUUUAGCUUCCCUGGGUCGAACCUGGUCUGCCCUGGUACGUCCGAAUAGCUUUGACGGGGCUCACCCGGGUCAGCCCCCAGUGCCCUGCUUGUGGAGUGGGUCACUUGGGGGUGACCUGAGGUACAUGCCGUCACCACGAGAGGAUGAGUGUGUUCAUUCGAUUAGCUCUCGUGAGGAGCUCAACCGAGUGAGCACUGCGGGGUCGACCCAGGGAAGCUUAUCGAACGCACCUGAAGUUUAUUUGCCUCAGCGAUGACUAUAAACUGUGUUUUUUAGGAUCGCGCAUCAAGAUUUCGGGACCAUCCCGUCACCAACUAUAAAGCAGUCUUUUAGCUGUGUUCCCACUGGACUUUUUCUUCUGCUGCCACAUGGAAAGUUACAUGACUGUGGCGUAAUUCUACUGUGCAUUCUAACCUGGACUUAUAUUCUGUGCAGUUUGCAUAGCGUUUUACAGCGUGGUCGCAGUAGGUUUACAGCACAGAGCUAAUCCCAUUGGAUUUUUUAGCGGCCCGGCAAGCCCCUAUUAAGUUACCGUUACCGUGUGGAAGUCUUCUGUGACCUCUUUCGGCCUGUUAGUUUUACAUCUCGGUCGCAGUAAAUUGACAGGGAGGUCAGCUUACUGUGCGUCCCCAUUGGAUUAAGUUUGUCAUUGUACAGAAAAGUUGCGGUACUUUCACACAAAAAGUCUAAUGGGAACACCGUUUAAGACCAUUUUUAAUCAACAGUUUUAGCAGUGGCUAUGUCCAGGAAGCCAAAAGGAUAUCAACAGUCUUAGUUGUAGUCGCUUGACUUGGACGCCGCCUAAUAUUCUAAAGUUCAUGUUGCUAUGAAUGAGGUUGAAAUCUUUGUGCCAAGUUAUCUGUUGCAAAUUUGCAAUAUACGCUAUCCUGUUAGUCUUGGUGCAGGACGUUUCUAGUUUUCCUUUGGCCGCACUGUGCGUGAAAGGAAAACGAGAAACGUCUUGCACCAAGACUACUAUCCUGUGCGUGCUCUCAUGCAGAACCAGAAAAUAUUGUGCCACUCUGCGUCCCAGAAAACAACUCAGACAUUUUUCCUAUGCUACUCAUAUUUGUGAGAGAUUAUAGUAAUACACUUUUUCGAUAGACUAUUUACAGUAAAAAUAGAGGUAGAUUUAUGGAUUUAAUGUUUUAAAAUUGCCAAAUUGGAACAACUUAUUCUUUUAUGCUUUGUUAUGAUUUUAUUGCAAAGCAGCAACUUUUAUUAACUUGUGUUGAUUAAGUUAUUAACGUUUUUUAAAAACAUUGCUUUUUGUGAUUGUUAACUUGAGAUAUAUACUUGAUCAAUGUUAAUUAAUAUGUAUAAACUAGUGCAGCUCCCUUUGAAAUUAACAAAGGGAAAGUACCUCGUGGGUUUCCGACAGAUUUAGAUAAUUCUAAUACUCAUUUUUGUCAAGAUUCACAAUUCAACAAGGAAAAAAUUUGAACAAUCCUGAAAACAAUGGUCAAUUUUAGGUUUUUAGUACUCGACUUUGACAGUAAUUCAGACGGUAGUUGUUCUCUGAAUGAUUAAUACUUUAUAAUUAAUAAGUUUAUAGGAUGAAAUUUGUUGAUAAUUACAAAUCAUGUACUUUUUUGCAAGUACUCAAGAAGCAAAUAUCGUUAGAUCUUGAAUAUUAACCACACUGCCACAAUCUUGGUCAUGUUUCCCGUGUUCUCAGGGGAAACACAGAGAGUCUUUAGACCAGUCAGGGGAUCAGACUAUUUUUUCUCCAUUCCUGUUUUGGCUGUAUUGAUUUCAAUGAUGGGGGAAAAAAAGAAAGAUGGCUACCCCACUAGAAAUGUCUAAAGCUAUUGCAACUUGAAGAAUGCCAGUUAUUGUGUUUAUGUGCAAUUAACAAUCACCAUUGACACUUAUGUGAUUUAAAAUAUUUAAAAAAAAUUUCACCAGUUGUUAAAGUAUAAUUUGCGUUUUAAUUAAUAGAUAGAUGCUUUGCAAUAAAGCAAUAAAAAUGUUGGAUACAACCGAGAGGGGUUAUUGCUUUGAAA